UUCUUAGAGAGGUCUAUCAUACAAAGAGAAUGCAACAUGUCAUCACUGUCAAAUGGACAUCAGACAAUAAGUACAUUUUGUGUGGCUCUGAUGAAAUGAACAUUCGUUUGUGGAAAGCAAAUGCUUCUGAAAAGCUGGGUGUGCUUGCUCCUCGAGAGAGAGCUGCUAUUAACUAUAAUCAGAAACUGAAAGAAAAAUUCCAGCAUCAUCCCCAAAUCAGACGUAUAAAUCGCCAUCGUCACUUACCAAAGAUGAUCUAUAGUCAAGCCAAAGAGCUACGCAUCAUGAAAGAAGCUCGUCGGCGAAAGGAACUGAACCGUCGUAAACAUAGCAAGCCUGGAUCUAUACCACUUGUGUCAGAAAAGCAGAAACACAUUAUGGCUGUAGUAAAAUAAUCAUAUAUAAAAUUACCAGGGGUACUGAAUUUCUAUGGAUAUCAUUUAUAUGUGAGAUAUAUUUCUUUGUUACAAGAUAUAAUGCAAAACUGCAUUUUGAUAUUAUGAAAACAAUAAAUUGAAACUGUAGUUGCUAUAGUGUGGCUAAUUGUGGUAUCUUUAUAGUAUUUAUUUUGCUGCAUGGCUUGUAAAGAGCGAGAGUGAAAGUAUCUUGAAAAGUACAUGGAAAUAAUGCAUACUAAAGGAUAUGGAACUAACUCAGAAUAUUGCAAUACGUUUUCCAAA